CCUGGCGCGGGGCCGGCGCUAGGUGCCCGGGAUGGAGCCGGGGGAACAGGCCGCCUGGAUGCGGUUCCUGCGGAAGCUCAAGGAGGUCUUCGACGUGUGCGACGAGGACGCGGACGGCUUCAUCCGGGUGGAGCAUUUCGUCGCCCUGGGGCUGCAGUUCGGCCAAGGGGAUGAGGUGGAAAAAUUGGCUAAAUACUUGGACCCAAAUGACCUGGGAAGAAUCAACUUCAAGGAUUUCUGUCAUGGAGUUUUUGCUAUCAAAGGCUGUGAAGAGUUACUGAAGGAUGUGCUGGCUGUCGAAAACCCGGGGUGUCGGCGCUAUGAGCCGCAGUACGUGGAUUACUACUACCAGAAUAAAAACGAGGAGAAUUUCAUCUUUGAUAUUGCUUUAGCUAUGCCUGAGGAUUAG